CGUUGCAGCCCAUCCAAACGCAACAAAAAGGGGAAACAAACAGCUCGGUUCCAAGCUGAAGCUUUGCGGGAAGGAGGACUGGGGCUGUCGUGCGAGCAGGGAGAUAAUUGGACGGUACGAGGCGCAGCGGCUCGGCGGAGGAAUGGGCUCGGAGUGAGGGGACGGGGAGCCAUCCAGAGCUUUUGCUGCUGUUGCUGCCACACUUGUGCGUGAAACCAGAGGACUUUCUCCCGCUUUAUUUCUGCCUAUUAUCCAUCGGGGAAGGUGUGUCCAAACUGCGUGGGGAGUACCUGAAUGUGAGUGUCGUGAUCGUGCCGAAACACGUCCGACGCUCACAGCGUGGUGGGCAGGCAGUUGUUUGGCGGCGCUAGUCUCUGUAGCCCGGGCUGGUUUGACAGAUCGGAUCAGCAGCGAAGGGUAACGCCGCUGGAGUGCUGUCCGGCAGGCGCUGUGUAUCCCUGCCCCCAUCCACAACCAUCAUAUCACUCCGAGUCCGUGAAGACCUGUGUCAGGAUAAAAGCUGUGCUCAAAUCUAAAGAAAGGACACUGAAGUGAAGACAGCUGACAACCAAGAGCAGAGGCAAGGCGGACUGCACAACGCAAGAGGCCUGGGGAAAUCAUUAACUGCACGCGCACGCAGCAUGACUGACUGGGCCCCACACCUCCCUCUGUGUUCCUGAGACUGUCAUCCACCUCCAGCCCUGGCCUCAAGGCCAGCUGCUUUACCUGUGGAGCCUCCAUCAUAUUUCAUAUUUUGCAGUUUCACAGUGAGCAGCAACACACCAGGUGCACUCCUUUUGGAGAAAUCCCCAACACCCCCCGUCCCAGGACCCCAGGGACCGGACCCUAGGGACCGGCCCCUGUUAUGUUUCAUUGACCGAUCUGUCCCAACCAGCGAAUGACAAGUGGGCAUCCGAGGGUGGGGCUUGCCUCAGUCUCUCAUGAUUGGCUGCUGGAUGGAAUUAAGGUGAAUGGAACACAUGCCCAAGGAGCAGGACUCUAACCCAUCAGAGGGAGAAGAGAAACAGUGGCUCAAUGGCCCAAAGAGGAAGAGGAAGAACAGCCAAUGUUCGGUGAAGAGUAUGACUGGGUACAUUCCCAGCUACCUCGAAAAGGAUGAGCCAUGUGUGGUGUGUGGCGACAAGGCCACAGGUUACCACUACCGCUGCAUUACCUGCGAGGGCUGCAAGGGUUUCUUUCGUAGGACCAUUCAGAAGAACCUCCACCCCACCUACUCCUGUAAGUAUGAUGGCUGCUGCAUCAUCGACAAGAUUACCCGCAACCAGUGCCAGCUGUGCCGCUUCAAGAAGUGCAUUGCUGUGGGCAUGGCCAUGGACUUGGUGCUGGACGACUCAAAGCGGGUGGCUAAACGGCGCCUGAUUGAGGAGAACAGGGAGCGGCGAAAGAAGGAGGAGAUGGUAAAAUCCCUCCAGAGCCGUCCGGAGCCCACGGGGGACGAGUGGGAGCUGAUCCACCUGGUGACGGAGGCCCAUCGUCACACCAACGCUCAGGGCGCGCAGUGGAAGCAGAAGCGCAAAUUCCUGCCAGAGAAAAUUGGCCAGUCUCCAGUUGCCCCAACAUCAGACGGAGACAAGGUGGACCUGGAGGCCUUCAGCGAGUUCACCAAGAUCAUCACUCCCGCCAUCACCCGUGUCGUUGACUUUGCCAAAAAACUGCCCAUGUUCUCUGAGCUGCCUUGUGAAGACCAGAUCAUCCUGUUGAAGGGCUGCUGCAUGGAGAUCAUGUCCCUGCGCGCAGCCAUGCGCUACGACCCGGAGAGCGAGACGCUGACGCUGAGUGGGGAGAUGGCUGUGAAGCGGGAGCAACUGAAGAACGGCGGGCUGGGUGUGGUGUCGGACGCCAUCUUUGAUUUGGGCAAGAGCCUGGCACAGUUCAACCUGGACGACACAGAAGUGGCGCUGUUGCAGGCCGUGCUUCUCAUGAGCUCAGAUCGCUCAGGCCUGACCUGUACGGACAAGAUCGAGAAGUGCCAGGAGACGUACCUGCUGGCGUUCGAGCACUACAUCAACUACCGCAAGCACAACAUUCCCCACUUCUGGCCGAAGCUUCUGAUGAAGGUGACAGACCUGCGGAUGAUCGGGGCGUGCCACGCGAGUCGCUUCCUUCACAUGAAGGUGGAGUGUCCCAACGAACUCUUCCCCCCGCUCUUCCUAGAGGUCUUCGAGGACCAGGAGGUGUGAGACGCACUUGCCGCCAUGCAAAAGGAAGAGAACGUUGGAGCAAAAUGGAAGAUGGGUUAGUCCAUCGUCUUUGUAGGGGAAGAAUGGAGGGAGAAUCCUCUGGGCAGGAAUCUGCAUUUCUCUGAAAUCACAUUCACAGUAUGUGGUUUUAAAACUGGAAACAAGAAUAUCAGAAACAACACACCAGCAACAGGAGAGUGAAACAAGCAGAGGAUUUUGUUUUGUGAAUACCCUCUUCUCCACCUCUUCCUCCUCCUUAUACCAACCCCUGUUUUAAAAUCUGUGUGGGGGCCCUUCUGUCUGAGCAUGAUGUCUUAUCUAGUAAGAGUUGUAGCCAUUUGCCAAGACACAAACACACACACAAACAUGCACACACUCACAGCCUGCUCCACCUCAGUUCUUCAGGGCAGCACUCUUUGCAGGGUCAGUUUCCCCUCCUUGGUUUUUUGUAGUGGUCACAGAUUCACACUUGUCUUGAAGCCCAUGUUUCCAGCAUCAAAGCUGGCCAGCACCUCUCAGUAUUAUUUCUGAAUAAGUGCUAAGGCAUUGAUUCAGAAGGUAUGGACAGUACUGUCAUAUAAUUACUCACAGUCAUGCAGUCACCCACAAUCAGCAGACACUGCACAUUAAAAUUUCAGUAGACGUUGUUAAUGUUUCCGUGGUGUAUAAUGGCUGCAGUAAAGCAGAACAGCCGCACCGUUUAUCAGUUACUUAACACAAUCUGAGCCAUGACAGCUGUUUUGGAGCUUGUUCUUCUUCUUAUAUCCCUGUGAAACCGGUGCUAUAUUUAUAUAAGGCUACUCCAGUUUUAUUGAAUUGUGUUCUCUACCUUUGAAAAACAUAGAGACCAUGGCUCCAUAUCUACCUUCAUUUUUUUUUUUUGUCAUUGGACCGGUUCCUGUGACAUACAGCACACACACACACAAACACACACACACACACGAGCAGACUUGCCUUGUCAUUGCCUAUGCUGCUUGUGCCAGCAGCCUACCAUCUUAUGAAUGACAAGUAAGCCCUUCUCUCUCUGAAGAGUUACUGCAUUGAAGGAAGGGAAGGAAGAAAAAAGGAAGGGGGAGGAGAAAGGGAGACACUUAGAGGGGGAGGAGAAAAAGGAGCAGGGAAAGAGAGAGGAAUUACAAAGUAAUAGCUGGACUGUAGAUUGUGAGCCAGGGGUCAGAAGUAAAUCUCCCACACCCAGCCUCUGAGGAGGGUUUGAAUAGCAGCAAACACCAGCAAGACAGCAAAGCUCAUUGCAUACACACACUGUCUCUUCAACUCUCUCUCACACACACACACACACACAGACACACACAUGAAAACACACAUCACCUCAGAGUAACGUGAAUGCCUCAUUUUACUGUAUGCACUGCACGGCAGUGUUGAUAUACAGCCCUAACCUGCAGGGUUUGUACAGAGUCCUCUCCUCACAGACUCAGCUCAGUGUGGCCCUUCCAGGCUUCCAUACACAUUUGCCUUCUGCUUUUUUGUUUGUUUCCUUGUUUGUUUUUGUUUUCUUUAUUUUACCAUGGGCGUCACUGAGAGCAGGCAAAUGCCAAGAAGGCUAACAUUUACCUCAAAGUGGACACACCCCUAGGCUGGGGCAGCAUUACUGCCCCUGUGGUGUCAGGCACUACCUCACCUCUGUGGACACAGGGCAGCUGCCCACAGCCUACACACAGACAUACACCAUUUGAGUUGGCGCAUGUGUAGAAUGAUACACAGAUGUGCAUAGUUUGUUUUUUUUGUUUUUUUUGUAGGUGCACACUUGUAGUCAUGGAAAGACAAAACACUCGCAGAAUACACACACGCGUGCGCGCACACAUACACACACACACACACACACACACACACACACACACACACACACACAGCCACACACACACACACAG